GUUGACAGUCAGGGACCUGGGUCUCCAAGGAACCUAACAGGAAGGAGGGUUUCCAAAAUCUUAAGAUCCAGAUUUUGAGUUGAAAUCAAGAAAAUGGGUCUCGGCACGGGGAAUGAUAAAUACGAGCUGGCAUCAACAUCAGAGAAUGAAAUCAAAAAACCCAAGAAGGUAAAAAGAAACAAGAAGGAUGUGGAUGAACUGAAGAAAGAAGUCGAUCUGGAUGAUCACAAGUUGACACUGGACGAGCUACAACGCAAACACAACACUGACCUGAACAAGGGGUUGACUUCAUCCCGUGCAAAAGAGGUCUUAGCUCGUGAUGGGCCCAAUUCUUUGACCCCACCUCCUACUACUCCAAAUUGGGUGAAAUUCUGCAGGCAGCUCUUUGGUGGAUUUCAGACACUGCUGUGGUUUGGUGCUUUUCUUUGCUUCAUGGCUUACGGAAUCCAGGCUGCCUCAGAGGAAGAACCAGCACAUGACAAUCUGUACCUUGGAGUCGUGCUUGCUUUUGUUGUCAUAGUCAAUGGAUGGUUUUCAUACUAUCAAGAGGCCAAGAGCUCCAGGAUCAUGGAAUCUUUCAAGAACCUUGUCCCUCAGCAAGCACUGGUUAUUCGUGAUGGAGAGAAAAAGGUCAUCAAUGCUUCGGAGGUGGUUGUAGGAGAUGUGGUGGAGGUCAAAGGUGGAGACAGAAUCCCAGCUGAUGUUCGUAUUAUUUCCUCGCAAGGAUGCAAGGUGGACAACUCCUCCCUCACUGGUGAAUCUGAGCCCCAGACUCGAAACCCUGACUUCUCCCAUGACAACCCACUGGAGACGAAAAACAUUGCGUUCUUCUCCACCAACUGUGUUGAAGGUACUGCCAGAGGUGUCGUCAUCAACACUGGUGACCACACUGUUAUGGGUCGCAUUGCCAUGCUUGCCACCAGCCUGGAAGGUGGACAGACACCAAUAGCUAGAGAGAUUGAACACUUCAUUCACAUCAUCUCUGGCGUAGCUGUGUUCCUGGGUGUGUCCUUCCUAAUUCUGUCCCUGAUGCUUGGAUAUGGGUGGUUGGAAGCAGUCGUUUUUCUUAUUGGCAUCAUUGUUGCUAAUGUACCCGAGGGUCUCCCUGCCACUGUAACUGUGUGUCUGACUCUGACAGCCAAGCGUAUGGCAAAGAAGAAUUGUCUGGUGAAGAAUCUUGAAGCUGUGGAGACUCUCGGCUCAACCUCCACCAUCUGCUCUGACAAGACUGGAACUUUAACCCAGAACAGAAUGACUGUGGCUCACAUGUGGUUUGACAACCAGAUUCACGAAGCUGACACAACAGAGAACCAAAGUGGAGCCUCGUUUGACAGAACCUCUCCUACAUGGGCAGCUCUCGCACGCGUCGCUGGCCUGUGUAACCGCGCUGUCUUCCGUGCCGAACAGAACCAUCUGCCAAUUCUUAGGCGAGAAACAGCUGGUGAUGCAUCAGAGUCUGCUCUGCUGAAGUGUAUUGAGCUUUGCUGUGGUUCAGUCACUGAAAUGAGAGACAAGUACACAAAGCUUGCUGAGAUCCCUUUCAACUCCACCAACAAAUAUCAGCUCUCAAUCCACAAGAAUCCCAAUCCUUCAGAGCCUAAACACCUGCUGGUGAUGAAAGGAGCUCCUGAGAGAAUCUUGGAUCGAUGCUCCACUAUUCUGAUUGAAGGAAAACAACAACCUCUGGAUGAUGAAAUGAAAGAUUCGUUCCAAAAUGCUUAUGUUGAACUUGGGGGACUUGGAGAAAGAGUGUUGGGUUUUUGCCACUUUAGCCUCCCUGAUGACCAGUUUCCUGAAGGGUUUGCAUUUGAUUCUGAUAAUGUGAACUUCCCAACUGAGAAUCUGUGUUUUGUUGGCCUCAUGUCCAUGAUUGACCCUCCUCGUGCCGCUGUACCAGAUGCUGUUGCCAAAUGCAGAAGUGCUGGAAUCAAGGUUAUCAUGGUUACUGGUGAUCAUCCGAUUACAGCUAAAGCUAUUGCAAAGGGUGUCGGCAUCAUCUCUGAAGGCAAUGAGACUGUGGAAGAUAUUGCAGCUCGGCUAAACGUCCCUGUUGCGGAGGUUAAUCCAAGAGAUGCCAAGGCUUGUGUGGUUCAUGGUGGAGAAUUAAAACACAUGUCUGAACAUGUGCUGGAUGAUAUCCUCAAAUACCACACUGAAAUCGUGUUUGCCAGAACUUCUCCACAACAAAAACUGAUCAUAGUGGAAGGUUGUCAGCGACAGGGUGCCAUCGUAGCUGUAACAGGUGAUGGUGUAAAUGACUCUCCUGCUCUGAAGAAGGCUGAUAUUGGUGUGGCUAUGGGUAUUGCUGGAUCUGAUGUAUCCAAACAGGCCGCUGACAUGAUUCUGCUAGAUGACAACUUUGCCUCAAUCGUCACUGGAGUAGAAGAAGGCCGUCUGAUCUUUGACAACUUGAAGAAGUCAAUUGCCUACACCCUGACAAGUAAGAUUCCAGAGAUGUCACCCUUCCUGAUGUUUGUCCUUGUUGGUAUUCCUCUUCCAUUGGGCACAGUCACCAUUCUUUGUAUUGACCUGGGCACUGACAUGAUUCCUGCAAUCUCAUUGGCCUAUGAAAAUGCUGAAAAUGACAUCAUGAAGAGACAACCCAGAAAUGCUCAGACAGACAGGCUGGUGAACCAGAGGUUAAUCAGUAUGGCCUAUGGUCAAAUUGGAAUGAUCCAAGCAGCUGCAGGGUUCUUCACCUACAUUGUAGUUAUGGCUGAGAGUGGAUUCUGGCCCAGUGAUCUGCCAGGGCUUCGAGUUGGCUGGGAAGACAGAUCCAUCAGCGACCUUGAAGAUAGUUACGGCCAGCAAUGGACUUUUGAGAGCAGGAAAAUUAUCGAGUUCACAUGCCACACAGCCUUCUUCGUCAGUAUUGUGGUUGUCCAGUGGGGAGACCUGAUCAUUGUAAAGACCAGAAGGAAUUCCAUCAUACAACAAGGAAUGAAAAACAAAGUCCUCAUCUUUGCAUUUUUCGAGGAAGGUGCUAUGGCAACAUUCCUGUCUUACUGUCCAGGCAUGGACGUGGCUGUCAGGAUGUAUCCUAUCAGACCAUUGUGGUGGUUCUGUGCCUUCCCAUACUCACUGCUCAUCUUCAUCUAUGAUGAAGUUAGAAAAUACAUCCUACGACGGAAUCCAGGAGGCUGGGUGGAACAAGAAACAUAUUACUGACACGAAAAGACCUUCCUUUGCAAUAUUUUGCAAGGAGAUGUUCUGUGUGGUAUGCAAAUGCAAAUAAAAAUGUCAAUUAAGUGGA